AUGGGCUGGAUGACCAUACUGGUUGGCCCCACAGCAAGUGGAAAGACCAGUCUGGUGAGGCUGCUGGCCCAGCUGACAGGGCAUCGUCUUAGGGUCCUGGGUAUGAACAGUGCAAUGGAUACCAUGGAGCUCCUUGGAGGCUUUGAACAGUUGGAUAUUUUGCGGCCGUGGCAGCAGGUGUUGGAGAGCGUGGACUACAUUGUUGCAAUGAUAACCAGGAAUGGACUGAUGUCACUUGAUGUUGGUCUCCAGGACACUGAAUUCUUGCUGCAGAAAUGGGGCGUAUUCUCCCAGUGGUUGAGAGACAAAGGGCUGCAGAAAACUGGGGCAAUGAUCAACUCGGAGGCACUGGACAAACUGGAAGUCAUUAUCCUCCUCCUGCAGAAACUCAACUCCAAGCUGAAAGUAUUCACUGACAUGUCGAAGCUGCAGAAGGACUUCACGCUGCUGAAGGAGCGUCUGGCUCAACAAGAUGAUGGCUGGACCAAUGGGGGGUUUGAGUGGUUGGACAGUAUGUUGGUCCAGGCCUUGCAGGCUGGUGACUGGCUGCUUAUGGACAAUGUCAACUUCUGCAGUGCUUCUGUCCUGGAUCGACUCAAUGCUCUCCUCGAACCUAACGGAUCCCUCACCAUCAGUGAACGUGGUGUAAUUGAUGGGGAGACCCCUCACAUCAGACCACACCCUAACUUCAGGCUGUUUCUGACCAUGAACCCGGCGCACGGGGAACUCUCCAGAGCCAUGAGGAACAGGGGCAUCGAAAUGUAUAUUCCAGGGGAGCACGAGGGAAUCUGCUGGGACACACUGGACCUAAAGACCCUACUUCACACAGCUGGGGUGACUGGGGACUGUGUGUGUGAUUUACUUAUUGACAUUCAUAAAGACAUCAAAUCUGCCAUCUGGGAUUCCCCUUCUUCAUCCCUGGCUUCCCUCCUCCAUGCUGCUGCCCUGCUGACCUGCCAGCUGCAGAGAGGGCUUGAUUUGCCCAGUGCCUUGCAGCGCGCCUGUGGAGAGGCCUACUCUUCUUGUCAGCGCACCACUGCCAGCCAAAAGCAAGCUCAGCUGGUGAUUGAGCAGCACUUGUCCAUCCUGGAUACCGAGGACUGGGGCAAUGGGCUGCUGUGUGCUGGUGUUUGGCCUGAUGGCCUCCCCUCAGCUCUUCUCUCCACAGAGGAUUCCUGCUUCUCCUCUGUCCUUCGAGAUGGACAGGUCCUCUUGUUUUGCCUCAACUCUCUUAGCCUGCAGGGCAACCGGAAUCGUCCCUUGGUCCUGAAGGACCUUCAGCGGGCCUUGCAGAGCAGCGGUGUACUGGAGGACCUGGUGUUUCCUGAAGCAGUGGUGGCUCCAGAGGACAAAGACGCUCUGAGACUUGUCCCCACGGCCGUGAGACUGGUGACAGAGAGAGCCUCUCAUGGAGACUGGAUCCUACGCACCAACUGGCUCUCACAUCUGGUGAAGAGUCACAAAUAUGCACCUGAUACAGCUCUGGUCCAUAUGGAGGCAGGAAACAGUGCUUUAUCGGCAGUGUUCGGUAGCAAACUCUCCACUAAAGGAAAGUCACUCACAGCGUUGCUCCAGCCUCAAAGCUCAGAUGAAUUCAGGGUCAUGUGGGAUAUGCGCUGGAACAAACAGUACCUGGAUAUUUUAGCAAGCAAGUGCAACUUUGAGAAUGAAGAGCAGUACGUGGAGUUCCUGGAAUCCAUGAACGCAGUCGCCAACAGGACUGUGUUGAAGAUGGACAGAGAGGAGAGGGCUGUCCUCUGCUCUCAUGCUCUCAACAUGGCCGCUCCGAGCUCUGCUCUGAGAACAGCUACAGCCUUCAGGAAAGGAGCUGUAGACAUCAGUCAGCUACCGCAUCCUGUCCUGAUGCACCUGCUGACCUUCUUUGACCUUUGGGAUGCGUUUGUUCUUCAGGCAGUGCAGACUGAAGGCCCCCAUGUUUCAGACGCCAUCCUGUUUGAGGUCAGGACUUUUUCUUAA